UCUUCCUAUAGGUUGGAGAACAACGGCUGAGGUUUCCCUGUAAAACACUGUAUAUCAAAGCCAGAGUCAGUGCAGCAGUAAUAACCCCAUGGUUUACUCUGCCUUCAGCUGAAGACAUCGCUGAUUGAGGCUUUGCUCUUAGCUGUUCUUUACAGGAGAGUGUUCUCAGAUUUUCAUGGAUCUCAAUAGUGCUAGCACUAUUGUUUUGCAAGUCUUGACCCAAGCUACAAGUCAAGAUACAGCGGUGUUGAAGCCAGCUGAGGAACAACUGAAGCAGUGGGAGACACAGCCAGGUUUUUAUUCAGUCCUGUUGAAUAUCUUUACGAAUCAUUCCCUGGAUGUGAAUGUAAGGUGGUUAGCUGUGCUGUACUUUAAAAAUGGAAUCGAUCGCUACUGGAGACGGGUCGCACCACAUGCUCUUUCUGAAGAAGAAAAAACUACAUUGCGUGCCGGACUUAUUGCCAACUUUAAUGAGCCAGUGAAUCAGAUUGCAACUCAGAUCUCUGUACUAAUCGCUAAAGUUGCCAGAGUAGACUGCCCAAGGCAAUGGCCAGAACUUAUACCCACUCUUCUAGAAUCUGUGAAGGUCCAAGAUGAUCUUCAACAACACAGAGCUCUACUUACCUUAUACCAUGUUACGAAGACCCUGGCAUCCAAAAGGCUGGCUGCAGAUAGGAAGCUUUUCUAUGAUCUUACAUCAGGCAUUUAUAGUUUUGCAUGUUCCUUGUGGAAUCAUCAUACGGAUACAUUCCUCCAGCAAAUUUGUACAGGGAAUGAAACUGGAGCCACAAAUUCACUAGAAAGAACCUUGUUGUCAUUGAAAGUGCUUCGUAAACUGACUGUCCAUGGGUUUGUAGAGCCUCACUGGAAUGCAGAGGUGAUGGGCUUUCUACACGCAGUAUUUGAACGGCUAAAACAAUUUCUGGAGUGUAGUAGAAGUAUAAGAGCAGAAAACUUAUGCAGAGAUCGUGUAGAAAAGACUAUAAUUCUGUUCACUAAAGUGCUUUUGGAUUUUCUGGAUCAGCAUCCUUUUUCAUUCACCUCUUUGAUUCAGAGGUCACUGGAGUUUGCUGUAAGCUACGUUUUCACAGAGGCCGGUGAAGGAAUUGUAUUUGAGCAGUUUAUUGUACAAUGCAUGAAUCUCAUUAAGAUGAUUGUAAAAAAUUACGCAUACAAGCCAUCCAAAAAUAUUGAAGAUAGCAGUCCUGAAACUCUUGAAGCUCAUAAGAUUAAGACUGCUUUUUUCACAUAUCCAACAUUAAUGGAAAUAUGUAGGAGAUUAGUCACUCACUACUUCCUGCUGACAAAGGAAGAAUUAACCAUGUGGGAAGAGGAUCCAGAAGGCUUCACUGUAGAAGAGACAGGAGGAGAUUCAUGGAAGUAUAGUCUCAGACCAUGCACGGAAGUUCUCUUUAUUGAUAUUUUCCAUGAAUAUAACCAGACUCUUGCCCCUGUGCUUUUAGAAAUGGUUCACAGUCUACAAGGAUCUACCAAUGUGGAGGAUACCAAUGCUAUAUUGAUUAAAGAUGCUGUGUAUAAUGCGGUUGGAUUGGCUGCUUAUGAACUAUUUGAUAGUGUGGAUUUUGAUCAGUGGUUUAAAAAUCAACUACUGGCAGAACUACAGGUUUCUCAUAACAGAUAUAAGCCAAUACGCCGACGAGUAAUUUGGCUGAUUGGGCAGUGGAUUUCUGUAAAAUUUAAAUCAGACUUGAGACCUGUGUUAUACGAGACAAUUUGUAACUUACUUCAAGACCAGGACUUAGUGGUCCGUAUUGAGACAGCUACAACACUGAAGUUAACCGUAGAUGACUUUGAGUUCAGAACUGACCAGUUCUUACCGUACCUGGAAUCCAUGUUUACACUGCUCUUUAAACUACUUCAGGAAGUAACAGAAUGUGACACCAAAAUGCAUGUUCUUCAUGUUCUGUCUUGUGUGAUUGAAAGAGUCAAUAUACAGAUACAACCGUAUGUAGGAUGCUUGGUUCAGUAUUUACCACUACUUUGGAAACAGAGUGAGGAGCACAAUAUGCUUCGAUGUGCCAUCUUAACCACCCUAAUCCAUCUUGUCCAGGGGCUUGGAGCAGACAGCAGAAAUCUCUAUCCUUUUCUACUUCCAGUUAUUCAGCUAAGUACUGAUGUUACUCAGCCUCCACAUGUCUAUCUUCUGGAAGAUGGUUUAGAGUUGUGGUUAGUGACAUUGGAGAAUAGCCCAUGUCUUACACCUGAGCUCCUGAGAAUAUUUCAGAACAUGUCUCCCCUUCUUGAGCUGAGUUCAGAAAACCUCAAAAAUUGCUUUAAGAUCAUCAAUGCGUAUAUUUUCUUAUCAUCAUCAGAAUUUUUACAGAUGUAUGCUUCAGUCUUAUGCCAGUCAUUCUGUAGCCUUUUGAAGGACAUAACUACUGAAGGUCAAGUUCAAGUUUUGAAGGUUGUGGAAAAUGUCCUAAAAGUAAACCCUGUUUUGGGUCCUCAAAUGUUUCAGCCCCUUCUCCCAUCAAUAUUCAGGGGCAUUAUAGAUGGGGAGAGAUACCCAGUGGUGAUGUCUACUUAUCUGGGGAUCAUGGGCAGAGUUCUACUGCAAAAUGCAAGGUUUUUUUCAUUACUUCUGAGUGAGAUGGCACAUGAAUUGGGUCAGGAGUCGGAUCAGAUUCUUGGUAACAUGAUAGAAAUGUGGGUUGAUCGGAUGGAUAACAUCACUCAGCCAGAAAGAAGGAAACUUUCUGCUUUGGCACUGCUUUCACUUCUGCCGUCGUUGAAUGCUGUUAUCCAAGAUAAAUUUUGUGGUAUCAUCAACAUUUCAGUAGAAGGGCUGCAUGACGUUAUGACUGAAGAUGCCGAAGCAGGAACAUACAAAGACUGCAUGUUGAUGGCUCAUUUUGAACAGCCCAAAGUUACAGAUGAUGAGGAACCUCCCACAGAACAAGACAAAAGGAAAAAGCUGCUUGCAUUGAAGGACCCCGUUCACACUGUGUCAUUGCAGCAGUUCAUCUAUGAGAAGCUGAAGGCACAGCAGGAAUUACUGGGAGAACAAGGUUUUCAGGCACUUAUGGAAACCGUGGAUACAGAAAUAGUUGCACAGCUACAGGAGUUUUUACAAGGCUUCUAAACAAGCAGAAACAAGAUUUUGUAUGCACAAUUUUCCUUUCAGAAAAAUUUUAAAGAACUCUAGCCUUUCAUCAUGCAUGGAAGAGCCAACUGAAAGCUGGAAAUAAUUUGUGUUAAAAAAUGAAUUUUUGUUGUUGCUAUUCAGCUAACUUUGAUAACGCUUUGUUAUUUUUUUAAUAAUGGACUUAUGGUUUUAUCAUCAAAGCAACACUUCCAUGAUACCUACAUGGUAUAUACUGUCCUAAUAGUACCUUUUUUUGGUACCAUUACUGGUUUUUGGUUCACAAAGCUGUGUCGUAAAGUCAGAGGUCUGAAAGAACUUAGUAAUAUAUAUUAAUGAGAGGUGUCUAUUAAUCCAGCAAUAUAAUUCAAUAUUAGGAGCUGCUUGUCUUGAUACUGUAUACCUAUAACUGUCUUCCUACUGUAAUUUCUUGGCUGUACAUUGAACCAUCAUACAAGCAGAAAGAAUGGGGAAAAGUAGUUAAGACUGUGAGUAGAAACAUUACUUCUUAGCAGAAUGUUAAUUCCUGUUUGAGUUGUAUCAGAGAAAAAGAAGCUUUGACUGUAAUGCUUAAAUUGUAUUUGAAGAGAUGUUAGAGAAUAUCAAUGUAUAUCUCUGUCUGAAGAUGUGCUUUCAUUUCAUCACCAGUUUUUUUGAUUUCUGUUAUGAAAAGAUUCUUGCUUUCUUGAGUUCUUUCUGUCUCACUUUUAGCUGUCAACACGGAGGAACUUAACAGAGGUAGAUGAGUAAUUAAUUCCAAUUAGUUCUUGGCUAUACCUGGGCUGCUUAAAAUUGCAGUUCUCUGUUCAAUUCUUUGCUUUUUUUCAUCAAUGGCGUAUCUUGUGGAUACUUGUUACUGAAAAGUUUGAGCCCAGGUGGUCAGAACUGAAAUAAUUGUUUGCAAAUGUGAGGCUCACUUUGAGUUUUAGUUGUCACCUGGCCAGCUGCAGGAAUGACAGGGUACAGAUGCUCCUUUCUAUAUUCCUUUGUCUUUUUUUCCAUUGUGAAUAAGAGGGGUGAGAGAAGGCUCUCUUCCUUUUUGAGAUUUCUGUUUUAAAUUCUGAUCUUCCAUCUUUAAAGUUGAAGUGAAUUUUGUUUGCUUCACUAAGGGAUAUCCCCCCUCUGCUCCCAAGGGGAUCAGCUAUUUAAAGACACUUGCAUACUUUCGAUUACCUUACCAGAUGCUUUUAAAAAGCAGAGCCUUUUUCUUCACUGAGCAUAUGGGGAGUAAUUUUGUUUGAAACUUUCCUUCUACUUUCAGAGGAAGCCAGACCAUUGCAUCCUUCUUUGGCUUCAGUGGCAGAGGCUGCUGGGGCUCUUACACCUCUGAAUGCAAAAUCUUCCCUGUACACAGCUGCCAGCAUCUGUCUAGAGAAGUUGUUUCAUAACUCUAAUUUCCUGCUUGUUACCUCGGUGUAAGGAGCUUUGUUAGAAGGAUUGUUAACAACUGUUUGUAUGUUA